UUUCCUGCAUUAGUGUGCGUUAAUGAAUAUUGGAAUAUGGAAAGAAAGACGUCUUUUUGUAAACUCGACCUGUCGCUGUCAGUUGAUUAUAUCUGUCAUUUCGGUCUGCUCACAUUCGUCCUCACCAGAAAAUUUCUGCCAAAAUGAUGUCUGCCACCGCUCUUUUUAAAGUCGUGCGUCCCGCAGUUUGUGCUUCACGCAACUUUGGAGUCUUUGCCCCUGCUUUGAACAAAGCUUCAGAUCCCAUUCAGAAGUUGUUCCUUGAGAAAAUUCAGGAAUACAAAAGCAAGAGCAGCGGCGGAAAAUUGGUUGACUCCACUCCCGAAAUCGAACGUGAAUUGAAAAAUGAAUUGGAACGAGUAGCCAAACAAUACGAUGGUGGUGCUGGAGUCGACAUGACACAAUUCCCCACUUUCAAAUUUGAGGAUCCUCAAAUUGAUUCAAUUACUACUACCAAUUAAUUUAAUUAAGCCUACCAAUUCAUUUUGUUUGUGAAGUGUUAAAAUUUCCGCAAAUAUAAUCCAAAAAUUUAAGCGACGAAAAAAAACAAAA